UUUCCGAACUCACUUAGUAAUCUUUGUCUCGGUGGCCCGGUUGAAGCAUUCAAUUGCUGCUGCUAGGGCUCAGGAAUAGAUCGGCCGUCGAUUGAUUGAGAUGGGCUUGCAGGAGCUGUGGAACACGCUGGGUCCUGGUCUCGCAGGGGCCGUAUUUGGAGGAGGGUGGUGGUUCUGGGUGGACGCGGUGGUGUGUAGCGACAUCAAAGUGCCCUUCCUUCAUUACUUGCCGGGAAUAUUUGCGACAAUCGCGGCGUUGAUGGUGAAUGGUGUGCGGAGAGAUGAGCUCACAGAUUAUUCACCUUUUGAUGACAACGAUGGCUGCCGGUCAAGAACGUGGUUGUUUUUAGCGUAUGUUAUUGCAUUUACCUCGUUGGCGGGUUCUGUGGGUAUGCUAGUGCAAGACGCACUGCUGCCGACCACUCCAUCUACAUGGACGGGCAUAGCUGGAGUCUUGCAAUGCUUCUUUGUCCUUUCCAGUGGCUUGAUGUAUUGGACUUCGAGGGCAUCGUCGGAUUAUUAAGUCCCUAGGGGAAGACAUCUGUAAUAAUGUUAAAGGUGUUCAUUCAAUUUUUUAUUUAUCGAGUACAGCAAUCACUGGUUGUGUUUUCUCACGACUCCAGAUUUUCGCUGUCCAGUUUCAAAUAUUUGUAUCAUUUGCAGAAUAUUUCUAGAAUUCGGGAUCUGAGGCAAUCACUGCUUCCUUUAAAAACGGUAAUACAUUCAAGGCUUCCCCAUUUCAAAUGCUAGGGUCCUGUACAUUUUCAAGCGUCAUUAACCACUUAUAAGUCUGUUUUAGAGAACGUACUGACGCAGCCGACAGUGAUUGAUAGUACCAAUACUAAAGUGACCUCAAGUUGCCAUUUAUGGUUUAACUUCGUGUUCAUUUAUGUUUUUAGUUUUUAAAAAUAUCAAUCUAUGAUACCAAUUGAUGGAA